CACUGCACCAUGGCAGCCAUUAGCCCUGUUUCCAGAGUUAUCAUCAAGAGGAGAGAUAAAAUAACUGCUUUGCCCCUUUACUAUUUUGGAUAUUUACUGAAAAAGUACACUGGAGAGAAGAAUUACAAACAGUACUUUGGAGAGCUACGGGGAUCCACAAUCUUCCUUUACACAGAUGACACACAUGACACAUAUUCUGAGAGGGUGGAGCUACAAAACCUGGUGUCGAUUGACACAACCAAAACCAAGGGAGGCCUCACAAUCUUCACUUUACAACUGCAGCAUGAAGAAAUUCAGCUGAUGAUUGAUAAUGCAGAUACGGUUGAAGUGUGGCGAGGCUUCAUAAUGACUGUGGCAAAACUGGAGAUCCCCCGCAGGCUGCAGCUGCUUCCCGGUCAGAGGCUGCGACUAGAGGAGGUCCUGGAGAAAGAGCGUCAGAGGACCGCCCCACCCCUCCAGCCAAUCACAAGUGACCCGAACUGCUGCAGGUGGUGCCUGCUUCCCCCCUCGCCCCUUGUUUCCACGGAGACUUAUGACGACAUUCAUACCUUGCCCCUCUGUUUCUUCUCUGUGACCCGUCAGGAGGCUGAGGAGAUGCUGGCCCAGCAUCCGCAGAAAGGGAAUAUCAUCCUACGUCCAGCCACCGAUACUGUAAACUAUGCCAUUACUGUGAGGAUGGUAAUCAACAGUGGCCCAACUGUGAAACACUACAAGGUGCGGUCAGAAAAAUCCGGAUUUUUAAUCGAGUUGGAUGAACCGGUGACAGUUCCCAGUCUCAGGGAUGUCGUCAACCACUUUGUGAAAACAACCUCGCACUGUCUCCAGCCUUACACCGAGACUGAGGACUACGACACAUGCAUAGAGGUGUCGCCUACCUCGUCCGUUUCACCACUGAAAUCACCACCGGCCAGAGUGGCACCCAGAAUCCGUGCUGGACUCACCCCACCCACCGCAACAUGCCAGCCCCUACCCCAAAAGCCCCUGGAGGAGGAGAAUACAUACCUUGAUCCAGACCUCAUUGAGCAAGACUCAAGAGGCAUUGAAUGAGUAACUUCCCCAGACUGCACAAAGAAGAGGGAGGGAUCAGCAGGCAUCUGGAUGGGAAAGGAAAGGGUUAAUACAAACAACUAAUUUCAAAAAUGACCAUGUGCCUCAUAUUUGCUUAUUAGCUCAACCUAUCCAGUAUUUUAGUAUAGAAGGGUUCGCAUUUUGUACAUCACUCUGGACUAGUAUAAACUCGACAUGUCAAAGAGGGUGCAGAAAUGUAUGCACCCAAACUGGUCUCCUAGAAAAAAUGCUACAUUGUUCGAUAUUCAAUAUAAGUUGAAAUUGUAUCCCCAUCUCACAAAUGAAGUACUGCAUGCAAACUGAGACCACAGCUCACUAUAAUCAUUACGUAUUAUUAGAAGGGUAGAAAUCUUGAUUCUUAUUCUGUAUAUUCAUAGACACAUAUAGACAGUAUAGAACUAUACUGUUCACGGUCAAUAAAACUAGACUGCAAAAUUAGGCUGCUGAUUUACAUAAUCUGUAUACAAUAUACAGUGGUGUGAAAAAGUGUUUGCCCCCUUCCUGAUUUCUUCUUUUUUUGGAUGUUUGUCACACUUAAAUGUUUCAGAUCAUCAAGCAAAUUUAAAUUAGUCAAAGACAACACAAGUAAACACAAAAUGCAGUUUUUAAAUGAAGGUUUUUAUUAUUAAGGGAGAAAAAAAAUCCAAACCUACAUGGCCCUGUGUGAAAAAGUGA